CUGUUAGGCAAGCAAAAUAAUUGGGCGAAUUACACCAACAGUCCCUAUAGUUUGGGGCUCGUGUCACUUUAGUCCCUGACUUUUCAAUUGUAACACAUUUGACCCUGAAUUUUGAACAUUGUUUCAAAUAAAGACAAUAGAUAACUUCCGUUAGUUUUUGGAUGGAAAUUUCUCACGUGCAGCACUUGCCAAGGGCAAAGUCGUCGUUUUGUCCUAUUUCCCGCCCAAAUAAAUACCACCCUCUUCUCUGUAAUGAAUUAGGGGAAGUCUAGCUUGCUUAGAGCAAAAAAAAUGGGGCUUUCACCAUUAAACAGAAAGUUAUAGUAGAUUACGGUGGGAACUAUUUAAGAUAAUCACAAAAUUACAAGCAAACGUUGGUGUUGAAGAUGGGUACCCAAAGAGUUGCGAAUGACAUCAUCUCGCCGCAAUACGAAACAGAAGGAUCCUUUUUCACCAUAAAGUUUCACCAUGGUGGGGGUUUUGGACGUGGGGACCAUAGGGUCUACUUGGGAGGCCAAGUUUCUUACUUUGACUUUGUAAUGUGAACAAAAUUAGCAUGCUUGACAUGGGGGAUAUGGUUCAGAAAAUAGGGUAUAAUGGGUUUACAACCUACCAAUAUAAAGUACCUGGAGUGGAUCUGAACAAUGGGUUGAAGCAUAUAUGGAAUAAUAGUGAUCUACUAAACAUGGUCGAAUGGGUGAGGGGGACAACUAGAAUUAUAGAAGUAUAUCUGGUACAUUAUCCAGAACUUGAUGAUGAUACAUUCCUUGUGUUUGGUAAUUCAUGUUCUAAUUCAGUACAACUGAUUGAGGAGAUUAAUGAACCAGAGAUUGAUUUGCAACUUGGUUUUCACAAUAAUAGAGUAGAGGUUGAAGAGGGACAUUUUGCAAGGGUAGAAGAUGGAGAAGGACAUGUUCUCAGGGCAGGGGCAAGGGCCAGAGCAAGGGUUGAAGGACAUGCAACAGGGGUAGGAAUGGAAUGGCCUAGGCAAGUCUUUGAGAAGGAGAUGCAAGGAGGUGGAAAUGAAGAUGUGCUAGAAGGGGAUUUGGGUGAGGGUCAAAUGCAGAGAGAUGGUGGGUACAUACACUCUGAUAAUGAGACCACUGAUUUGGAAGAUUUUGAGGAUAGUGAAUAUGAUGAUGGUGAAGAAGAUGACCUUUUGUAUGAAGCUAACAUAGAUAAAAAUGUAGAGUGGGGUGGAUUUCAUGAGAGGGGCAAAGGUAAUAAUGUCGAUGAUUUUAAUGCUACAAUAGAUGGUUUGAAUUGGGAUGAAAAUGAUGUGGAAUCAGAUGAAUUGAUCUCACUUGAGGGGUCAUCUAAUGAAGAUGGUGGGCCCAAGAGGGACAAGUUUCCUGAAUUUAACAAACACACUAACAUGGUUGAUCCUCAAUUCCAAGUUGGCAUGGUUUUUCCAUCAUCUAAAGUUUUUAAACAAGCUGUCAAAGAACAUGCCAUAAAGACUGGAAAAGAUAUAAAGUUCUUGAAAAAUGAUAAAGAUAGGGUUAGGGCAGGUUGUAAACCUCCUUGUCAAUGGAUGAUAUAUGCAUCUAAGAUGCAUGGCCAAAUGAACUUGCAAGUGAAAACCUAUGUGCCUACACAUAAUUGUGGUAGAAUGUUCUACAACAAAAAUGUGAACUCCACUUGGUUGUCAAAAAAAUAUAUGGAAAGCAUUAAGUCCAACCCCACAUGGCCAAUUCAAUCUUUUAAACAGUCUGUUCAAAAAGAUCACAAUGUUGGUGUUUCAAGAAGUCAAUUGUAUAGGGCAAAGAGAAAGGCACAACAACUCAUAGAAGGAAAUUAUAAGGAGCAAUAUGCUAAACUAUGGGACUAAUGUGAAGAGAUUAGAAGAACAAAUCCUGAGACAACCAUUGUUAUUAAGGUGCCAGAUGAUGCAGAUGAUGUAGAUGAUGGAAUUGAUGAAGAUGAUGAAGAUAGUGAGGAAGAGUCCAGGUUUCAGAGGAUAUAUGUGUGUUUAGGGGCUUGCAAGCAAGGGUUUUUGGCUGGAUGCAGGCCAUUUAUUGGGGUAGAUGGCUGUCAUCUUAAAGGUCCGUACAAGGGACAAACGCUUACUGCUGUUGGAAUUGAUGGGAAUAACACCACCUUCCCUGUGGCAUAUGCUGUGGUUGAAGGAGAAACAAAGAGAUCAUGGAAAUGGUUUUUUGAACUAUUACAAGAAGAUCUUAGAAUAGUAAACCACCAAGGAUUUACUUUUAUGUCUGACAAACAAAAGGUAUGUUCAACAAUAUGUAUACCAUCUUAUGAACUUUCUUUUGUUAUGAAGUGUUUGCUCGAUUUUCAAUUGUGUUAGGUAUGCUUAUGCAAUUUCAGGGUUUGAUUCCAGCACUAGCAGAGGUCAUUCCAAAUGCCGAGCAUAGAUUCUGUGUAAGACACAUGUACAACAACUUUCAGGAUAAUCACAAGGGUGUUCUUCUUAAAGAUUUGCUAUGGAGUGCAGCCAAAGCUUCUUGUGUUCAACAGUUUGAAUUUCAUAUGCAAGAAGUUAAAGAGGUUGAUGAAGAUGCAUUUAAGUGGUUAGCUGAGAAACCAGCUAGCUUUUGGUCUAGAUCUCACUUCAUCACUCACAGUAAGUGUCACAUGUUGCUUAAUAACAAUUGUGAAAGUUUUAAUUCUAGAAUUUUGGAUGCAAGAUCUAAGACAAUAUUACCUAUGUUGGAGGACAUAAGGUGUAUUCUAAUGAGUAGAAUGCAAAGGAGGAGGGAAGUCAUGAGGGCAUAUCAAGGGCCUUUGUGCCCCAACAUACAAAAAAAACUUGAGAAAAAGAAGGUGGAGUCUAGUAGUUGCAUUGCUAUGUGGUCUGGGGCUUCUACAUACCAAAUAAAUUGUUUCAAUGGACAACAAUUUGUGGUUGAUCUAGAAGCUCAUACUUGCUCUUGUAGGAAGUGGGAUUUAAGUGGUAUUCCUUGUCCUCAUAGUAUUUCAGCCAUUUACUUCAAGCAUGAAAAUCCCGAAGACUAUGUAACACAUUGGUACAGAAGGGAGACCUAUAUGGCUACUUAUGAGCCCAUUGUAUACCCUAUUAAUGGUCCUGAAAUGUGGCCAAAAAUAGGCCUACCUCCACUUUUGCCUCCAAAAGUUAAGAAGCAGCCUGGAAGACCUAAGAAAUUAAGAAGGGGAAAAAAUGAACCCCAAAAUCCACAAAAGUUGAAGAGAAAGCACACCACAACCACUUGUAGCACCUGUGGGAAGCUUGGACACAACAGAAGGAGCUGCAAAGGACAACCUAUGGUUGGCAAAAGUAGGAUGGAAACAAUGCAUUAAGUUCAAACUUUAUUUUCUCUUCCAUUUUUGUUUUGUUUUGUUUUUUAAAUAUAAGUUUUGAUAGUAAUAAAGAAUUUGCAGGCUAGUAUGAACACUGACAGCAACACUGCUGAUGCAAACAAAUCAAGGCCAAUAGUGUUGAAGCGAAGUUCUCAACCCAUGGAAUCCCAACCAAGAUCAACUUUUGCUGCUGGGAAGAGGAAAAAAACUUUUGCUUCUGGUAAGAGGAAAAGAACUGUUGGUGGAUAGGGUGAUUGGAAACAUCAAUGAUCACUAAUAUCUUUUUGAAUGCUUUUGGGUUGUAAGGGAUGUUUACAGUUGUUUUUGGAUUUUAACGUAUGUGUUUGGAGGAUGACUCUGUAAUGGUAGUUAUUUUUGUUGAUAUUUUGGGAUGACUAUUAUGUAAUGAAUGCUUAUUAGGUUGUGUAAUAGAUAUAUUUAAUAU